AUGGUUUCCAAAAUCCUCGGCUCCCUCGUGGCCGUUUCCUUCGCUGCCCUCAGCGCCGCCGCGCCCGAGAAUGCAAUUUCAACCAUCUACCAAUUCCCGCACGGCUCAUGGCUCGAGAACCUCGAAACCGGCCCCGCAAACAGCAUCCUGACAACGAGAAUCGACACUCCAACCCUGUACCAAAUCACUACCCGCGCCGGAUCAUCCUCCCCUUGCCGGCCCAGCGGCGAGACCACGGCAUCAGCGAAGCUCAUCCAGUCCUUCCCCGGCGCCACCGGCGCCCUCGGAAUCGUCGAGUACAAGACGAACCACUUCGCUGUCGUCGCGGGUAACUACAGCCUGACGACCCACGAGUCUGCGAGGGGAAGCUACGCGCUUUGGGACGUGUGGUUUUCGGGCGCCCGGCUCGACCGCGUGUCCACGAAGAAGAUCGCCGAUAUCCCCGAGGCUGGGUUUCUGAAUGGGCUGACUGUUCUCAACAAGAACAAGCAUACCGCUACUCUUCUUGUUGGAGAUAGCUGGGACGGAGUCGUGUAUAGCGUCAAUCCCGAAACGGGUGACUAUGAUGUUGUGCUCGCGGAUGAAACGCUCAAGCCGGAGGAGGGGCAGAACUUGGGCGUCAAUGGUAUUCACCCUGUGACUAUUGGCCAUGAGACGUUCCUGUACUAUACGAACAGCCUCAAGGAGACGGUUAGCCGUGUGCAAAUCGAUCCCGUCACUGGACGCGCGAUCGGUCCCUACACGACCGUGGCAACUGGAGUCUGGGGCGACGAUUUCACCUAUGAUGCUGCGACUGGAGAUCUCUACGUGGCUGGAAAUUUCGAAAAUGUCGUCACGCAGGUGAAUCGCGAUGGGCAUGUUGAGGGGAUCUUCGGCGCGGAGACCCAGCUCACUGUCGCUGGUGCGACGAGUACGCUGAUCCAAGGACAAGGCCGGGGCAAGACCCUCUAUGUCGCUACCGGAGGAGCACUUGCGGCGCCUGUCAACGGAACCAUCACCGAGGGUGCCAAAAUUGUGGCGAUCAAGCUUGACUAG